UUGUCUCUAAUGCUUGAAGAUGGGUCUGGUCUUCAGUUUUUCCUCUGUAAAUAUGGUUUUCUGACCUACUAUUAUUGACUCUGAAAAAGAAAAUGCUCAGACCCCGGUUUCUGCCUGCAGAUGACCGAGCCGUGCGUGAUAGUGAGAGGAAAGCUGCCAAGCUGCAUUUCAGUCAGCUGGGAAACAGGGAAAAUUUUCUUUUAGAGGUGGAAAAAAGCUCCAGGGGGGAGACAGUGAAGACCUGUGUGGCAGAUGCGGGCUGUGCGUCAAGAGUCCAUCCUGAGAUUGACACCAGGAUCGAAACAGACUCAAACAAAGGACUUUUUAUUCCCUUCCCCAGCCGGGAAAUAAAGGAUUCAAUAACCAGUACUUCUGCAAACCAGGGUAGUGGCACACCAGCUCAAAAGUUCGACGUUUGUCCACUGGGAACACAGUUGCAGGAAGCAACAAGAAGGGAGACCAGUGACACUCACAAGGAAGACGAAUUCAGACACUACCUGCCUCAUCAGUCCACAGUCCGAUCUCCAGAGAAGAUGACUAGAGAUGGCUACCGAGUAUCUUUUUUAGACACUAAGUCUUCAGGUUCUUCUCCAGAAAAAGACUUGAUACCAAGACCUGACACCUAUCCAUGUAUCCAUGAUGGCUCAUUGGGUAAACGCCUGGAUGUGGGUGAUUCUAACCAGAUCCUUCCCUAUCAAUUACCUUCAGAUGUCAAUCUGGACUGUUAUGAUAAUCAUUAUUCUCAAACUCUUUCCCUGCACGGAAGUCUUGUCAAAAAGCCUCAAAAAAUCAAGAACUACCGAGAAUAUAGCAUAAAACCUUCAAAUGACAUAAAAGCCACCUCAUCCCAUUCCUGUGGAGAUUUACUAACUUCUCUGUCAAACCCCGACUCCAGUACAGGAAGGCUCUUGAAGCUUAGUUCAGAUCUAUAUGCCACGACCCAUUUCAACAGUGACCCUGCUCUGCUGGCCAAUGUAGAACAACAGUUAUCUAGCAGUCUCAGGGAUUUUGCACCAGCACCUGGUUCUUUCCCAGGCAACCGUGUCCUUGGAAACUCUCUUCGGACACUGCUGUUACCUCCUGGGACUCCAGAAAACAGGGAAAUUCCAACGCAGAGGUCAUUAAGCGGAGGAUUCAAGCGGAAGGACAAUGUUCUUGCCAACCUGAAUCUGAAGUGUGGUUUCCAAGAAGCUACAGGCAGCGAGGCGCAACCUCUCUCUAGCGACCUGGGCAGUUUGCAUGGUUUACCAGGAAACCAUAGUCCCCCGAUCUCCGCCAGAACCCCCCACGUGGCCACUGUCCUCAGACAGCUCCUGGAGCUGGUGGAUAAGCACUGGAAUGGCUCUGGCUCCCUCCUCCUCAACAAGAAGUUUCUUGGUCCUGCCAGAGAUUUGCUUCUGUCUUUGGUUGUGCCUGCACCUCCUCAGCAGUGUCGCUCCCAGCUUGAAGACAAGGCAGGGAAAGCCUUCUGCUGGAGGGAGAGCCAGCUAAAGGAAGUCGAGCGGCUGGUUCCUAACGACGUGGAAAAUUUGAAGCAAAAACUGGUCAAAGUGCUGGAGGAAAACGUGAUUUUGUCAGAAAAAAUUCAGCAGUUGGAGGGGGGUGCUGCCGCCUCAGUUGUGAGUGGGCACCCAUCUCAUUCACACGAUGAUCUUCUGCGCAGGAACCAACAGCUGACCCUACAGGUGGCUUGCCUGAACCAGGAGCUGACUCAGCUGAAAAGGCUGGAGGAGACAGUUGCUCUUCUCCAUGAGAGUCAGAGAUCCCUGGUGGUAACUAAUGAGUAUCUGCUGCAGCAGCUGAAUAAAGAGCAAAAAGGUUAUUCUGGGAAAUCGCUCCUGCCUCCCGAGAAAAGUCAUCCUUUGGGGAGAUCGUCGCCCUUUGGGAAAAGCACGCUGUCUUCCUCCUCACCAAUGGCACACGACACUGGUCAGUAUCUAAUACAGAGUGUCUCAGAAGCUGCCCCCGAGCCUAGUUUGUGGAGCUAGCCCUGAAACCUUCACCACCAGCUCCCUUCCAGCCAUGGAGGGCUCUCGGUGCCAUUGUCACGGU